UAUGCAUGCGUUGUGGGAGAGAAAACUGAAAACUCCCGAUACGUAUGAUUAUACGUUUGAUCUUUCUGGAUCAAUGUUUAAUGAAAAGGGAGCAUCCAAGAAAUUAACCGUAAAUACUAUUUCAUCUUUAGCUCAUUCUUUCACGCCUUAUAUCGAACACGAAGUUGAAAGGAGGCUUAUCGACCCAAUAAAGCAACAGACAAUUGUCGCAAAUAGCCCAGCCAUAAUUUGGUACAAAGAUAAUCUAUUAUUAGUAUCAAGAAUUUGGCUUGUAAGAGAGAAAUAUGAGGCAAAGAAGAAUUGGCCAUCCAACGAUUUUUACGAUAAUAUAUUAUACACUCAAACAUUUGAUAGUAAUAUGUCGCCCAUCACUUCGGGUAAAUUUUUAGGCAUACCAUCACCUAAACAGUUUUGGGUAGGAGAUGGUCCAAUUGAACCAAGAUUAUUCGAGUUUAAAGGAGAAGCGUACGUGUCGUUUAACGUUGCAAUGGCUUUAUCAAGGAAAGUGAGCGUAGAUAGCACCGUUCUUUGGAAUUAUAAUAGAGAUAUUCCCAUCUUUCCAAAGAUUACAGGAGGAAGCCCAAUACUAAGAGAUCUGAAAAACUCUGGAAUGAAGAGAGAUAAGCAUUGGAUGUCUCUAACUUAUAAGGAUAACUUAUACUUUAUUCAUAGUCUUGAUCCGUUAAGAGUUCUUCAAUGCGAUGGACUACCUUUAAAGGCGGAUUGUAAAUUUAUUCAUCAGGAAAAACUUCAAGACGGUUUUAGAGAUUACGCAAUUCAUUUGCGUGGGGGAACCCCCUUUUUAAGUUACAAACAACCCUAUUAUAUCAGCAUCGUUCACAAUACGUUAUUCAAAGAGAGAACGUCGAAACGAUUUUAUACAGCGCAUUUGGUCGUCCUAAGCGUUGAGCCUAUAUGGCGGAUAGUGUAUAUAAGUGAUCCGAUAAAACUCAAUUCUGAAAUUUACGAAAGUUCACCUCUGGAAAGGCCAUUAUACAUAGAAGAGGAUUUUAUAUUUCCGGUAGGCCUAACGAUAGAUACCCCCGACAGUAUAUUAAUAGGAGCUCAUGCAAAUGACCAUAGUGCCAUUAUUAUCCGACUUAGGGGUAUUCGUGAAUUAAUGAAUAAUGUAAUAGAAUCGGACGACAGUGAAAAAGGUCCAAAAGCUGGAAUUAUUCAAGAAUAUAUUCACGAUAGAAUUGAAUUAACUACAAAUAUGCGAUUUAUUCACGAGAAAUCAUAA